AUGUCUUCUUUUUCAGAAACAUCAUUUUUGCAAAAUUAUUCAACAUCAAUAUCGACACAUGGGUUGUCACGUAUUGUUUGUAGUUUUUUAAAACUUGCAAAACUUAGAUUAAUAUUUUACUAUAAACCACAACAUAGUUUUAGUUGA